AUGGAUCCAAAUGAGACCAACGAAAUUGCCAACGCCAACUCACGUCAAGCCAUCAGAAAAUUAUACAGAAAUGGUACUAUUGUGAAGAAGCCUAAUGUGAUCCACUCCAGAUCCAGAGCUAGAGCUUUGGCUGAAUCCAAGAGAGCUGGUAGACACACCGGUUACGGUAAGAGAAAGGGUACCAAGGAUGCCCGUAUGUCUUCUCAAGUUGUGUGGAUGAGAAGAUUGAGAGUGUUGAGAAGAUUGUUGGCCAAGUACAGAGAUGCUGGUAAGAUUGACAAGCACUUGUACCACACCUUGUACAAGUCUGCCAAGGGUAACACUUUCAAGCACAAGAGAUCAUUAGUCGAGCACAUCAUCACCGCCAAGGCUGAGGCUUUGCGUGAGAAGGCUUUGAAGGACGAGGCCGAGGCCAGAAGAGUCAGAAACAGAGCUGCUCGUGAGAGAAGACAACAGAGAGUUGCUGAGAAGAGAGAGGCUUUCUUGAACCAGGCUUAG